AAUUUUUGUAGUAUUUAAAAUUCUGUUAGAAAGUGUGUUAUUCAUUAUUAGUAUAUUUCGUGUUAUUGUGAAGUUAUGAACUAAUUAUUUAAAGCUUGCUGACAUUCGCAGCUUACAUAGUUAAGCUCAAGAUUUCCUGCUUGUUGCUGCCGAGGGCAAGCAUUCUCCCUAAAGCCCAUCAGAAAUGUCUACGCCUGCCAGACGACGUCUGAUGAGGGAUUUUAAGCGCCUUCAAGAGGAUCCGCCUACUGGUAUUAGUGGGGCUCCUACUGAAAAUAACAUUAUGCUUUGGCAUGCUGUCAUUUUUGGGCCACACGACACUCCUUUCGAAGAUGGAACAUUCAAGCUGACAUUGGAAUUUACCGAAGAGUACCCAAACAAGCCGCCCACAGUGAGAUUUCUUUCGAAAUUGUUUCAUCCAAAUGUUUAUGCGGAUGGAGGCAUCUGUUUGGACAUCUUGCAGAAUAAGUGGAGCCCGACAUAUGAUGUGUCUGCUAUUCUGACAUCAAUCCAAUCACUAUUAAGUGAUCCCAAUCCGAACUCUCCAGCAAAUUCAAUGGCAGCUCAGCUUUUCAAGGAAAAUCGACGAGAAUACGAAAAGCGUGUGAAGUCAUGUGUGGAGCAAAGCUUUUUGGACACGUAAGGCUGUAAUGUUUACAUGUUUAUAGUUAAAACUGUGAUUGGAAUAUUGCACCUUAACACUGACUAAGGAAAUUAUGUUCCCCAUAAGCCUAAGGCCUGUGAUUUCACUAAAUUAUAGCUAUUAACAGCUUCCAGAUUUCAUAUUGACACACCAAUUUUUGUCUUAGAAUAGUAAUGCUACUAACAGAGGACUGUUAAUUUGUAUGUUAUAUGUCAUAGCUGUGAUGAUUAGAAUUAAAUGAGAUAUUAAAUCCAUAAAAUAUCUUUUACUUAGUUUGCCAUGCCCCAGAGUUUUGUGUAUUAAACUAAAAUGCUUGAAAUAGGUGGAACUAAAUUGUUUCACAGGAAGUGCCACUGAUUUAAACGGAAUUGCGCAACUGUUUGUUAAUAUAAUGUUCAGUGCAUAUUUAGUAAUGUUUCAAGCAUGAGUGAUUCUAAUGUUACGCAAUUUUUCACUAUUCAUGCCAGAUGAAAAUAUUUUGUAAAACUUUGUCAUUGAUGUGGUGCAGCCUUGUCAGAUUUCUAGGUGCUGGAAAUCAGUUCCUUCAAGUGUGCAAAGAAAAGAUGCAUAAUAAUUUGACUAUUGCAAUGCAUGAGGGAAAAAGUUAAUUUCCCCUUUGUGAAAAUGUGCUUAACUACUCCCAGUUUUUUCCAAGAUGCUCUAAUGGUUUUUUUAAAUAUUGAAUGAAUACUGAAGCUGGUGAGGGGUAUUUGAAAACUUCUCAGUUGUGAGAAAAGUAAACACAAACUAGGAUUAGGGUUCCAUCCUUUUGGAAAACUGCAGAGAACAAUAUAAGUAAAAACUGUGGAUAAUAAUGUUCGGACAAGUUAUUUUUCAUGUCAGUAUAUGUUUGGGGGGGGGGGAGGAGGUUAAGGGUAUUUGGUGUGUCAAGACAUAAUGUAGUGAAACACGGGUAAAUCAGAAAUUUAAUGAAAAUUACUGUUGAUGUACUAGAUUUUGAAAUAUCAUAUUUUGUUUCAUUUGAAGGAACGUUGUUUUGGAGCAGCAGUGUUUUGCCUGAUGGCAAACAUAGACUUGUAAUAGAAACCUCCCCAAAUGUUGACGUUCAGCCAAUAAACAGCGUAGUUCAUUGCAAGAAAUUUCUUAGGUUGUUGUUGGCUGAAAGUUUGUAGUAGGAAGUGACAAAACUUAGAGCAACAGAAUUUAAUUUGAAUAAUACUCGCAGGAGUUGUUAUUCUAAAUAUAUAGAUUUGCCAGAAACUAUUUUUGACAGUGCUUUUUGUAUGACUUUACAGCCAACUAUUGUAUGACUAUAGAGUCUCUACUUAUUUUAUCAGGAUAGUAAUUAAAUCUUUGACACAGCUAUCAUGAAAUAUAACUGCUUUCAUGCAGUUUAACAUUGCAUUUUAUGUGCAAUUUGAAAGCAUUUUACUAUCCACUGAUAAGGCUCUUAUGGCAAUAAGUAAAAGUUUCAAAAUGUUUACAAUAAGAUUUACUGUUGAAAGAAUCGUUUGCAGUUAAACGACUUUCAGCUGAUAAGUUGUUAUUAGUUUUUUAGCAAUGCAACAUCUGCAUUUAGCACAUGGCAUCCAACUAGCACUUAAACUGUUAUUCAGUGUUAACAUGACUCUCUGGUUACUACUUAAUCAUAUCAAAAUAGUGUAUCAGUUACAUAGUUACAAGUGGGGGCAGUACAGAACUUACAGCAUUUUAUUUCAAUAUCCUGUGUGGGAUUUUACCCACAAAUGAUGGUAUUUUACAAGAUAACAGAUGCCUGUAAAAUAUUUGUCUUGCAGUGCCUGUGUGAAACUUUUUCUGUGGGAAAAGGGAUGUUAUUUUAAAAAAUAUUUGAAUACAGAAAAUGAAAAUUGUGUGUCAUGGAGUGUAGGAAACUGGUGGUAUUAUUCGUCAAUAAGUACUAUUACUGAGUACAGCAUAAUGUCAUAUACGUUGAUCACUAUUUGUAAGUAUUGGUACUGUUACGUAUCAAGUAUGCAAUUUGUUUUACAGUUGUCCUUAAAGUAAACUUAGAAAUUCUCUGUUAACGGUUUUAAUUCUGCAAGUUAUGAGUCACUGUGCUACUAUGUUUCUGAAACGGUUCUGUGGGUUUCCAUAUUACACACAUCAAAAUGUAUGGGAGUGUAUCAGUAUUAUGUAACAUUUACAGACUAAUAAAGCUCUGCUGUUGGUUGUAAU